GAUCGGAAUUGAAUUGAAGGAAUGAUUGAAUCAAGAUGCAGAUUGUUGAACAUGGGUUAUACCAAUUUUAGUAUUUUGAUUUAGGGUUCAUCUUUCUUUCUUAAUCCAUUAAUGGGUCUUCAAUCUAACAAUACUCCUCAGAGAUCCACGCGGCCAUCAUCCAGCCAUGAAGAAGGAUCUAAAUCAAAGAAGAAAUGGGUUAAUUUGAUGCCUUUUGCUGUAGCUUUGGUUGUAAUAGCAGAGAUCGCUUUUCUAGGUCGACUUGAUAUGGCCGAGAAUUUCAUUCGGUUCAAUUCGUGGACCGAAAACUUCUAUCAGUUUACAUCCCUUACAUCCUCAGUUACAGUGGGUUUGGAUUUGGAUCUUGAACAAGACCCUUGUGAGGAAUGGUUAGAGAAAAGAGAUUCUGUUUUGUAUUCUAGGGAUUUUCAGAAUGAAUCAAUCUUAAUCAAUGGAGGAAGAGACCAGGAAUGGGAAAAAUGUGCUGUUGGGUGUAAAUUUGUGGGUAGUUCUGAUAGGAUUAAACUAGAUGCUGGAUUUGGACAACAAUCUGGUGCAAUGAGAGUUCAUAGAUCAAUGGAAUCGGCUCAAUAUUAUGCAGAGAAUAGGAUUGAAAACGCGAGACGGAAAGGAUUUGAUGUCAUAAUGACAACUAGUUUGUCAUCAGAUGUGCCUGUUGGUUACUUUUCAUGGGCUGAAUAUGAUAUCAUGGCCCCGGUUCAACCAAAAACAGAGGCUGCUUUGGCUGCAGCUUUCAUAUCUAAUUGUGGUGCGAAAAACUUUCGCCUUCUUGCCCUUGAGGGUCUUGAGAAAUCCGGUAUGAAGAUUGAUUCCUAUGGGGCAUGUCAUCGUAACCGUAAUGGAAAAGUGAACAAAGUUGAGACUCUUAAACGAUACAAAUUUAGCUUCUCAUUUGAGAAUUCAAACGAGGAGGAUUAUGUGACAGAGAAAUUCUUCCAGUCUCUUGUUGCUGGUUCUAUUCCAGUGGUUGUCGGGGCACCAAACAUCGAGGAAUUCUCCCCUUGUCCCGGUUGUAUCCUACACAUUCGCGAGCUCAAUGAUAUAGUCUCUGUUGCCAGCACCAUGUUUUACCUUUCCAAAAACCCUCAUGCUUACAAUCAAUCAAUUAGAUGGAAGUUUGAAGGGCCAUCUGAUUCUUUCAAAGCUUUACUCGACAUGGCAGCUGUCCAUUCAUCAUGCCGUCUUUGCAUCCAUUUAGCAACAAUAAUCCGAGAGAAAGAAGAAAAAGCCCUGUCUUCCCCUAAACGCCCAUGUAAGUGUACGAGAGGCGAAGAAACAGUGUAUCACGUUUAUGCAAGGGAAAGAGGAAGGUUUGAAAUGGAGUCCAUCUUCUUGAGGAGUUCGAAUUUGACGAUAGAAGCAUUGGAAACAGCUAUCUUAUCGAAAUUCAAGUCUAUAAGACACAAACCUAUAUGGAAAUUGGAACGACCUGAAAGUAUUAGAGGCGGGGAUGAGCUGAAAAUUUACAGAAUAUAUCCUGUCGGAAUGACACAGAGGCAGGCUUUAUACACUUUCAGAUUCAAAACCGAGGCUGAAUUUAAAAGUCACGUUGAGGAAAACCCGUGUGCGAAAUUUGAAGUCAUUUUCGUCUAGAUUAUGACAGAGUGUUGGUAGGUAAAGUAUAAUUCACCAUCGACGAUUCAUGAUAAUGUAAAAAGGUUAAAGAUUAUGCAUUCUUAGACGGAUUAGAGAUGAAAAACCGAAGAAGAGAAUGUGUUCUAAUUCUUCUACGAGUUCCCACAUAUCAUAUAAUGGAUUUAUCUACGGUUUAUUUU